AUGGAUUUCUCCAACCUCAAAGAGCAGGUCAGCAACAUGUCCUUGUAUGACCUCAAGGCCGGUGUUCGCAAGGUGCAGAAUGCUGUCAUGAACUAUACCGAGAUGGAAUCCAAGGUCCGGGAAGCUACAAACAAUGAACCCUGGGGUGCCUCGACCACGUUGAUGCAGGAUAUUGCCAAUGGAACGCAUAGCUACCAAUUACUAAAUGAGAUCAUGCCCCUUAUCUACAAGCGGUUCACCGACAAAGCUGCAGAGGAAUGGCGACAGAUCUACAAGAGUCUCCAGCUCCUUGAGUUUCUUGUCAAGAACGGUUCCGAACGAGUCGUUGAUGAUGCACGAUCCCACAUGUCGUUGAUUCGGAUGCUCCGGCAGUUCCACUACAUUGAUAUGAACGGCAAGGACCAGGGUAUCAAUGUGCGCAACCGGUCGUCCGAGCUGGUGAAAUUGCUGGGUGAUGUGGAUCAGAUUCGGACCGAAAGAAAGAAGGCCAAGAACAACCGCAACAAGUUCAGCGGUUUCGAAGGUGGUAUGGGUGCCGGAUCAGGCAUGUCUAGCUCGGGCUCAGGCCGUUAUGGAGGCUUUGGUAGCGACAGUAUGGGGUACGGUGGAUACAGCGGAGGUGUCUAUGGUGACGGCGGUGGCUUCGGCGGGGAAUCUGGCGGGCAAGCUGGCAUUGAUUUCCAGGACACUGGACGCCGGCCCAACCGCUUCGAAGAGUAUGACGAGUAUGACGAGGGAGAUGCCCCCGCACGUCCGCGUGAGCCUGCCGCCCGGGCGAAGCCCCAAGCAAAGAAGCCCGAGCCAGCUCCUGCGCCUGUAGCGGACCUCUUCGACUUUGGCGACGAUGAGCCUGUUACUACCACAGCUUCCACCUCAGCUGGCAAGCAACCUGCCGGCAGUGCUCUCAACAUACUAGACCCAACCCCGGCUGACGACGACGACUUUGACGACUUCCAGUCCGCAACCCCAGCUACCCAGCCUACUCAGUCGUCAAACCAGUUCGCCAUCCCCCCCUCCAACUUCCACUGCCAGCACAAGUUCGAACACCCAAUUCGUUGCACCUCAGCCAAUCUCGGCCUCGCAGGCGGGAUCCCCACUCCCAUUUCGCAGAUGGCCCCGAUGCAACAGCAGAAGCCCUCCGGCUACCAAGCUGCCACACCCAACUACUUCACCUCUGUCAACGUGCCCCAACAUUCUGGAUCCUCUCACGGUGCCACCUCCAUGUCCUCUAUGGCUUCCCCCACCACAGCAAACAAGCCAGCUUCAGCAGCAGCAAAGAAGUCCUCAGGUGAUGCCUUCGGCUCUCUGUGGUCGACCGCCAGCGCCAGCGCCGGCAUCCAGAAAUCCAACACCGGCACAAACAAGGGCCCCAACCUUGCCAGCAUGGCCAAGGAAAAAGCUAGCGCCGGUAUCUGGGGCGCUCCCGCUCCCUCCAGCACCUCCUCGACGCCGAGCCAGCCCCAGCACAAGCAACAGUCUAGCUCAGCCUUUGAUGAUUUGCUUGGUUAA